AUGGCAUUGGAACGAUUAGCAAAUGAAUUAUUAUUCGAUGUAUUUGAAUAUUUAUCGUGCGUCGAUUUAUUUCAUGCUUUUAAUGAGUUAAAUUAUCGUUUCAAUAGUCUUCUUAUAGAAUAUUUUCGAAAUCAAACAUAUUUUGACUUCCGAUUGAUGUUCAAAGAAGAUUUGAAUAUGAUCCGUCGACGAUAUCUUCCAUCAUUUAUAAAUGAAAUAAAAUCAAUUUGUCUUUCUGAUGAUGAUCAAACGCCACAUGAAAUUGAUAUAUUUAUAUCUCGUUUAUAUCCUCUUCAUCGAUUUCAAAAUCUUCAAUCGAUAUCAUUAUUUAAUAUUUAUUCAAUAGAAAAAAUUAAUCGAAUUCUUGAUGAUCUACAGCAAAUACCUUAUUUAAUUAAUCUUAAUCUAAAACAAUGUUAUAUUAAAUAUGAUCCAAAAAACAUUCUUAUUAUGAUGAAUAAUAUAUGGAGUUUAGUUAAUCUUAUGGAUUGUUGUUUAGAUGUAUAUUUUGAAGAUGUUUGCCAUUUAAUUCCUCCAAAUAUAAUAUCAUGUUCUAUAAAACACUUGUCAUUAUCAAGUUUUCAAUGUGAUUUAGAUAAUUUAUCACUUUUACAUGAACAUACUCCAUACAUUGAAUCGCUGUCUGUCGAUAUAUGGAAUCCAUAUGAUAAUCAUUGUCAAUUAUCGUUGAUAUCGUCAUUGACUACGUUGAAAAUAAAAUGCGAAAGUUCAUCAAGAAUCAUUCAAUCUCUUUUAAGAAAAGUACCAAAUCUAGUGAAUUUAACAGUUGAAACAAAAAAGAUUAAUAUGGAUGGACAUUUCUGGAAAGAAAUUCUUAACAAAUAUUUAUUGAAAUUAAAAUUAUUUAAUCUUAAAAUGGAAUUUGCAAUUAAUGCUACUGAUAAUAUUGAACAAGAAAUAGAUCGAGUAAUCGAUCCAUAUCGAGAUCAAUUUUGGAUUAAUCAAAAUAAAUGGUUUGUUCGAUGCUUUUCCUAUGUAGAAAAUGAUCUUAGUUUAAUCUAUCUUCAUACAUUACCAUAUUGUUUUAAAUAUUUUUCUAUUAAUAUUAAUGAAAAUGUUUUAUUCAAAUCAACUUGUACUACAGAUAAUCAUUAUUUAACGUAUAAUUACGUUGAAAACCUGAACUAUUGUUGUACUACAUUGGAAGAUAUAAAUUUUCCUAAAAUUCAAUUUUGUAAUCUUCAACAUUUAACAUUAACAUUUCCUUAUGAUGAUAAUUUUCGAUGUAUAGUUCCACAAUUUAAUAAUUUAACAUAUCUUGAAAUAAAUAUGGUCAAUUUGAGUCAUUAUGAUAAUGAUUUACAACAAUUACAAAUUAUAUUUGAUCAAGCACCAAAUCUCUAUCGUCUAAAAUUUCAUUCAUGGUUAUCAAUUCCAUCAAAAUUCGAAAACAAGAACAAAAAAACUUCAAAUCAAACUGUUUGGACAAUGCCACCAUUUUCCAGUCGAAGUUCAUCCGUUCGUUAUCUUGAUUUACGGGGAAUAAAUCAAUCUGGUCAAAGUCAAUAUUAUAAUGAUCAGCAUUGUUUAUCAUUAAUUCGCUCACCGUUAGGUAGCCAAUGUGAAUUUCUACGUAUUGAAGUUGAGAAACGAACAAAUAUAAUUGAUCUAGUUAAUACAAUGAAUCAUCUUCGAACGUUAAAUGUUCGUUGUCGUGAUCGAAAAAUAAAUGAUGAUUUAAUUAAAUGGUUGCAACCCCGUUUACCAUCAACAUGCUCAUUUGCAAAAGACUCAACAUCUCCUAAUGAUAUCCGAUUAUGGAUUCGUUAA